AUGUCAAAUUCUGCUUUGCCAACAACCCAGCAACAAUAUUCACCAGCAGUCUUGCAUUACGUUCGCAAGUACGAUAUGAAGCCUCACGUGGAAGGUGGAUUUUAUUCCGAAAUUUUCAGAAAUCCUCUCACAACUUGUUUUUCUUCACCAAAAGAAAGUCUCUCGGAUGAUGCUGCUGCCACUUCGGAACAUGAACGUUCUCUUUCCACGAGUAUCUUUUAUUUACUCGCAGCAAAUGAUUUUUCAUGUUUUCAUAAAAUCAAAGCAUUUGAACAAUGGCAUUAUUAUUGUGGAAAUUCAUCACUAAUUGUUCAUGUCUUGGAUGGAAGAAGCGAUGACAAGAAGUAUGGAAAAUUUAUUUUAAAUAAUCAUUGUUGGACUCAACAAGAUUCAUCAGAAAAUUCUGUGAGACAUUUAAAUCACGAAGGCAAUUUAUUAACUCCUGUCUAUGGUAAUUGCAAGAACGAUAUGAAACAAGUGUUGUUGAAUCAAACUUUUGUGGAUAUUUCAUGCAUUGUUCCACCUGAUUGUUGGUUUGCUGCAGAGUUAUUGAAUAAGGAGGAAGAUCGAUUUGUCAUGAGCGGAUGUACAUGCAGUUUUGGAUUUGAUUUUAAGGAUUUUGAAACUGGAAAAAGAGAACAAUUAUUGAGAGAAUUUUGUGGAACUGAUGGUAUCACUGAAGAAAACAAAGAGUUGGCAGCUCUCAUCACUCGCCUUACCAGAGAGUAA